UGCGCAUUAUAGAGCACUACAAAAUCUAUCAACAAGUAAACAACGCAAUCACCUGGAAUAUUAUUAAAUUUAUUUAACAACAAAGGCUGUGAAUAUAAAUAAAUAUAAAAGUCAAUCAUACGCAGGGGCUUAACAUGUAAAUAUUAAUCAACAAACAAAAACAAACCACAUCUUCUGAAAGAAAGAAUUUAAACGAUGUUUAAAAAAUCAAAGCCCAAGGUGGAGCCACCACCCACAGCGCCCAAUCUAGAUGAAAUGCUUGCGGAUAUUGAGACAUUUGAAAUUUGUCAACCAGCUGGGAGCAAGGCCAGUAGCACCGCAGCUCUGGAGCACGCACUGCUUACAGAGCCCGAGAACUUAGCUCUUGAGACUUGGUGGCAAGUGUUUGACGAAUAUGACCAAAAGGUCAAAAAACUGGCUGCGAUGGAAGGCACACUAGAAGCAAAAAAGGAAAAUCUAUUGGCUUGUAAAGUUAAGCUUGAAAAGAAUGCCAAUAAUCUGCGCAACGGUAUCCAAAAGCAACAGAGCUUAAUAAAGGAAAUGGUUGAUUGUUGACAUGUUGGAACAUUAAUUAAUUUUCGUCAAUUCUAUCAAAUUACAAAAAUCAGCAGUUUUAUAUAUCGAUAACUGAUUCUUAUUUCUAUUGUUGACAAACACAUACACAACGUAGGUUAUCGGGUAUGCUGGUAGGCUGCGCUCAGAGAGUAUCGAUACUUGUUACCUGCAGCCGUUUUUUUAUGUGGG